GUCUCAGUCCCACAAUUACUCACUCGUGGCUCACUCCAAUCUGCCAAGUGAUUAAAACAGUCGUUGGCUCCAGAGAUUUUCACACGAACUGGAUUUUUAAGAAAUUAUUCCAUGGAUUUGCAUGCAAGAACGAGAGAUUAAAGAGCUGUUGAAGUAUAUUCCUGAUCGCAUCAUGGGAGAUUACACGUGCGUCAUACUAUACUGUAUCUCUCCCCCUCUCCCACGAUAACCCCACGAUCUUGGGCAUUCACUGUGCACAUCUCAGUGAUUGAUAAACUCUCGUGUUGCUGACAUUCUCUCCGAAGCUCAAGGUAUCUCCACCCAUCUGUCGAUGAGUUUUUGAGAGUUUUCGUUGGGAGCGACGCAGCUUUAUUGGAUUAGGAAUUCCUGGAGUCCCACGACAUGGGUAAACCCGAGGAUGAAAAGGAAAAGCUGGACCCAAUUCCAGACCCGAUUUCCCUCGAAUCCUCAUCGCCUCCGAAGCCCCGGGAAUCCUCCACCCUAGUCUUCUACGUAAACGGAAAAGAGAUAAUCGACGCGGACAUAAACCCAGAAUGGACGCUAUUGUACUACCUCCGAACGCGGUUAAGACUAACCGGAACAAAGCUAGGUUGUGCAGAGGGCGGUUGUGGCGCGUGCACAGUUAUGCUCUCGAAAUUCGAUCGCAAGCGCGAGAAGAUAGUCCACCUAGCGGUGAACGCCUGCCUCGCCCCGAUCUGCAGCGUCCACGGGCUAUCGGUCACAACGAUCGAGGGCCUGGGGACGACCCGAACAAAGCUCCACCCGAUCCAAGAGCGCUUGGCCAAAGCCCACGGCUCGCAAUGCGGCUUCUGCACGCCCGGCAUAAUAAUGUCGAUGUACGCGCUCCUCAGAACGACCCCCAAGCCCUCGAUGCACGACCUAGAGGUCGCCUUCCAGGGGAACCUGUGCAGAUGCACGGGCUACCGGCCCAUAAUCGAGGGCCUCCGGACCUUCACCGAAGAGUGGGAGCGCUCGCAAAUAACAAAGACCCUAGACUCGGGUCAGACAACCGCUUGCGCAAUGGGCGACGCAUGCUGCAGGCGUCAGUUCACGUCGGAGCCGACGGAAAUAUUCAACUCCAAAGAGUUUAGGCCUUACGACCCCUCCCAGGAGAUCAUCUUCCCGCCGAGGCUAAAACUCCGGGAGGACCUCGAUCGGGAGUUCCUGGUGAUCAGGGGCAAAGAGGUCACGUGGUACCGGCCGACGAGCCUCGAGGUCCUCCUGACGCUCAAGAAACAGUUCCCGGAGGCCAGGAUCAUCGUCGGGAACACGGAGGUGGGGGUUGAGACGAAAUUCAAGCACCUCGUGUACCCGAUCCUCAUCCAGCCGACCCAGAUACCGGAGCUCAGAGAGGUUACCUCCGGUCCGGGGUGCGUCAAAAUCGGCGCUAGUGUCACUCUCAUCGAAAUGGAGGAGGCGCUGCGCGAGAUAAUGGCGGCCAGCCCGGAGUACAAAACGAGGAUCUUCUCCGAGAUCAUCAGCAUGGCCCACUGGUUCGCUGGCAAGCAGAUAAGAAAUGUCGGCGCCAUUGGCGGCAACAUCAUGACCGGAAGUCCGAUCUCCGACAUGGUGCCGAUUCUAAUGGCGGCCAAAGCGAGGCUUAACCUCUGCAGCUUGAAAGAUGGCCGCCGACAGGUGCCCCUUGACCACACGUUCUUCACGGGGUAUCGAAGAAAUGUUGUGGGGUCUGAGGAGGUCCUCGUCUCCAUCGAAAUCCCAUUCACAAGCAGAUGGCAAUACUUCAUUGCUUAUAAACAAGCCAAGCGGAGAGAUGACGACAUAGCCAUCGUCAACAUGGCGCUUAAUGUUGUCUUCAAGCAUGAAACGGAUGAGAUUAUGGAGGCGCACAUAGCGUACGGCGGUGUCGCCCCGACGACGAAGUUGGCGGUGAAGACCUGUGAGAAACUCGUGGGAAAGCACUGGAAUUCGGAAAUGGUCGAGUCAGCUUAUGCGUCUCUGAUCGAGGAAUUUCCGUUGCCGGAUUCCGUUCCAGGGGGGCAGGUCCUCUACCGCAGGUCCUUGACCCUCAGUCUCUUCUUCAAGGGCUUCAUUCACAUCCUACAGCGUCUUCAGGCGGACAUCCCCGGUCUUUCGCCGCUUCCGGAGAGGCUGUCCUCCGCCGCGGAGACGUUCGAAUACAAGCCCCCGAGGAGUUCUCAGUACUACCAAAUCGUCAAGAAGGAUCAGGACCCGAAGGACCUGAUCGGUAGACCCAUCGUCCACGCGAGUGCCUUCAAGCAGGCGACGGGCGAAGCCAUCUACUGCGACGACAUCCCCCAGUUCCAGGGGGAGUUGUACAUGGCUCUGGUGAUGUCCACAAGAGCUCACGCAAAACUCCUGAAAGUCGAUGCAUCGCUGGCGCUAGGACUCGAAGGGGUCGUCAAAUUCUACUCGGCUGAAGAUAUCCCUGAAUACAACAACUGGGUGGGACCGGUGAUCCAUGAUGAGCAGAUAUUCGGGAGGAACAAGGUGACGAGUCAGGGCCAGAUCAUCGGGGCGAUCAUCGCUGGUGACCAAGCGACAGCUCAGAAAGCGGCUAGACUAGUGAAGAUUGAUUACGAAGACUUGGAGCCUGUCAUCGUCAGCAUUGAGGACGCGAUUGAAGCGAAGUCAUUUGUCCAGGGUACCCCCAAGAGCAUCAGAGACGGGGAUAUUGAUGAGGCCUUCGCAGGCGCUGACCACGUCCUCGAGGGUGAGGUCAGGAUAGGCGGACAGGAGCACUUCUACCUCGAAACCCACGCGAUCCUAGCUGUCCCCAAGGAGACUGACGAGAUCGAGCUGUACUGCUCGACCCAGCAUCCCUCAGAGAUCCAAAAACUAGUAGCUCACACCCUCGGCAUCUCGAUAAAUCGAGUUAACGUCAGGGUGAAACGAAUGGGCGGAGGUUUUGGCGGGAAAGAGUCGCGGGGGAUGCUGGUGGCGCUGCCGGCGGCGCUGGCCGCAUGGCACCUGCAGCGACCGGUGCGGUGUAUGCUGGAUCGGGACGAGGACAUGAUGAUGACGGGAACGCGGCAUCCGUUCAUGCACAGAUACAAAGUCGGGUUCACGAAGGAAGGGAGGAUAAAAGGCGCGAAGAUCGACAUCUUCUGCAACGCCGGAUGUUCGAUGGACCUUUCCGUCUCAGUUCUGGAACGAUCGAUGUUCCAUUGCGAGAACGCGUACAAAUUCCCGGUGACUCACGUGACCGGGACCGCCUGCCUGACGAACCUCCCCUCCAACACGGCAUUCCGCGGGUUCGGCGGACCGCAAGGAAUGUUCGUUGCGGAGAACAUCGUGUGGGAUGUCGCCAAUUACCUAGGGCUGGAACCAGCCAAAGUAUCUGAGUUGAACCUCUACAAAGAGGACGAUCUCACUCACUACCAGCAGAAGCUCCUCAGGUGUCCGCUAGAGCGAUGCUGGCAGCAGUGUCUCGCCCAGUCGAACUACCGCCUCCGAAAAUCAGAGGUCGAUCAAUUCAACAAAGCGAACCGCUACCGAAAACGCGGUAUCGCGGUCAUCCCGACGAAGUUUGGAAUAGCUUUCACUGCCCUUUUUCUGAAUCAAGGAGGGGCUCUGGUUCACGUGUACACGGAUGGGUCCGUGCUGAUCAGCCAUGGGGGGACAGAGAUGGGUCAGGGGCUGCAUACGAAGAUGAUACAGGUGGCGAGUAGAAUCUUCAAGGUCGAUCCGAACAAGAUCCACAUAUCUGAGACGGCAACGGACAAGGUUCCGAACACCUCAGCGACAGCUGCCAGUGCGGGGUCGGACCUGAACGGAAUGGCCAUUAUGAACGCCUGCAACACGAUAAUGGCGAGACUCAAGCCCAUAAUAGAUGCUCAUCCCGAUAAGAAAUGGGAGGAGUGGGUGUCGAUCGCCUACUUCGAGAGGAUCAGCUUGAGUGCAAGCGGCUUCUACAGAACACCUGAUAUCGGCUACAACUUUGAUAAGAACGAGGGAAUGGCUUUCAAUUAUUUCACGUAUGGUGUGGCCUGCAGCGAAGUCGAGAUCGAUUGUCUCACGGGGGAUCAUCAGGCCAUCAGAACGGACAUUGUGAUGGACCUGGGGGACAGCUUGAAUCCGGCCAUCGAUAUCGGUCAGGUUGAGGGGGGCUUCGUCCAGGGGCUUGGGCUAUUCACCCUAGAGGAGAUGAUUUACUCCCCUACUGGGACUCUUUACAGCCGUGGACCGGGGGCCUACAAAAUCCCCGGCUUCACGGAUAUUCCCCAGGAGUUCAAUGUUUCUUUGUUGAAGGAUGCACCCAACCCCAGAGCUGUUUUCUCGUCCAAAGCCGUCGGGGAACCCCCGCUUUUUCUGGCCUCCUCGGUUUUUUUCGCCAUUAAGAAUGCGAUUCAAGCGGCGAGGGAGGAAACUAAUGCGCCGAGAAUUUUUAGGUUCGAUUCUCCCGCUACUUCUGGGAGGAUUAGGACGGCUUGUGAGGAUAAUAUCACUGGCAUGUUUCCUGUGCCUGACGUCACGAAAGCAUGGAACAAAGUCGCCUAAACUAGAUAAAAUCUUGGAAUAUAUUUUUUUACAAUUAAAGAGACAUUAUUUACAUCAUUGUGUUACAAAAUAAAUUCAGAUGUAUAAUAUAUUAUAACGAGCUUUAUAAA